UCUCUGCCCACCAGUGCGGUGCGGAACGCCUCAGAGGCGGAGGGGCAAUGCUGAGCUCCCCCCGCCAUUUCCAUGCAGGGCUAUUUUUAGCUGCCUCUGUUGCAAUAUAAAGAAUGUUUGGCGUGGAGAGCUCUUUGCAGAGAGGGUGCGUUGUCACUUUAAGGAGGAGCUGGACUUCAGGGGGUGGGGACAGUUAGCAGAGGGGCUGGGGUGGCCUGGGUUUCAACCACUACCUUGGGAAGACCGGGGUUGUGUGUGUGUGUGUGUAUGUGUGUGUGUCUGUGUCUGUGUCUGUGUGGCUAAGGACGCUCUACUAAAAGGGUUUGCAAAAGACUCUGAGAAAGCCACCAUGGAUUUGUUACGGGAGGCCGACUGAUUUUCCCAGCGCCAACGUUGGGCAGUGACUUCACCCAGGAAGGACUGUGCGACAGCUCGGUUAGGGCACUGCUCAUUUGCAAGCCAGAGAAGCAUGUGGCUGGCUUCUGGAUCAACUCUUUGGAUUAGUGGAGCUGGUUUCCUUGUCAAUCCCAAAGCCUAGGUUGUAUCCACUGGUUUGAGGAACCAGUCAGAGGUCUGACUUAUCAGAAACAUGGCUACCAGUGCUGUACCAAGUGACAAUCUCCCCACAUACAAGCUGGUGGUGGUUGGAGAUGGUGGUGUGGGCAAGAGUGCUUUGACCAUCCAGUUUUUCCAGAAGAUCUUUGUGCCAGACUAUGACCCCACCAUUGAAGAUUCUUACCUGAAGCACACAGAAAUUGACAACCAGUGGGCCAUCCUUGAUGUUUUGGAUACUGCUGGGCAAGAAGAAUUCAGUGCAAUGAGGGAACAAUACAUGAGGACAGGAGAUGGCUUUCUCAUCGUCUUCUCUGUCACAGAUAAAGCCAGCUUUGAGCAUGUAGACCGGUUUCACCAGCUCAUCCUCAGAGUCAAAGACAGGGAGUCCUUUCCAAUGAUCUUGGUGGCCAACAAAGUUGAUCUGAUGCACUUGAGGAAAAUCACCCGGGAACAAGGAAAAGAAAUGGCAACAAAACACAAUAUUCCAUAUAUAGAGACCAGUGCUAAGGAUCCACCACUAAAUGUUGACAAAGCCUUUCAUGACCUUGUCAGAGUAAUUAGGCAACAGAUUCCAGAGAAAAGCCAGAAGAAAAAGAAGAAAACCAAAUGGCGUGGGGACCGGGCCACAGGCGCUCACAAACUCCAGUGUGUGAUAUUGUGACAGGGCCUCAGGGCCUCUUUGCUGCUGUGAAUGUGAACUAGAGAGACCCGGUGAUGCACUCAACUGCCUAACUGCACGGACAGCUGCUUUUAACAGUGAACCUUGGCCAGAGAUCUUGGCACGUCAAGGAAAAAGAAGAGGAGGGUGGGGUGGGAUAGGGUGGGGAAGGAAGGAAGGAGGGCAGGGAAGGUAGAGGAAGAGAACCUGCCCUUUGAGGAAUACUUGAACUGUGGCCAGUUUCUUCUAGAGGGAAUAGGUGGGGAAAGAGGAGGAUUUGGUCUGGUUUUGCCAAAAGAGCGACAAGCUUUCAGGUCAUUCACAGGAUAAGUGGAAAUAGCAAGGAAACAAAAGCAGCAUCUAAGCCCCUUAAGUGUUGAUACAAUCCAGUCCCCCUUUUCCUCCUUCCCUCCCUCUGUUGGUGGGUAUUUUCUUUUUUAAAAAAACUAAAUUGUGUCAUUUUGAUGUGGACUUGUUUAUCCACACAAAAGUAUGAAGUAUAAUAGUUUAUGAAAUGGCUCCUUUUUUCUCCCAGACCCAAUAACUCAUUGGUUCUGAACAUUGGAUUUUUUUUUCUUUUUUGGUGUCUUAAAAAUUAUUAUUAUUUUAUUAAGGGAGCCAAUGCCCACUGCCUAGUGAAAUCUUUGGCACUCCUCAGACUUAUAUAAUUCUGUGUCUGGAAUUUUUUUUAAACUGAGUUCUCCUAGCAAUGCCAAAACUAAAUAUAACAUGAAAUUAUGGUGGUUUGGAGAGUGGAAAUGAAACCUGGCCGUUGCUGGGGAUUCCAAGCAUUGUGUCAAACCUUGGAGAGGAGCCAACUCCACAAUCCAUAAACUGGAGAAAAUAUGAUUCUUUUAGGAGAGUUUUCUCUGUUUGGGAAUACAGAGGAUGAGAAAGAGAGUUGUUUUUUGAAAAGGGCAGAGGGUGGCAUGUGCAUGCCGAAUUUAAACAGCAUUUUCACUAAACCUGGAAAUGCUUAAUGUCAGAGAUAAGAUUAUUGACUUUUUAAGAGAUGUAUUAAUUUAUUUUUAGGGCAAUAAAUGCUAGGUUCAGGAUAUUCCCCAGGCAUGUGAAAGUGGCCCUUAGUUUCUUGGACUUCUGAAACCCAUCUCAUAUGUUUCCUCAUGCUUUCCUUUCAUUGUCUGUUACUGACUGGAACUGCAUCAAUUUAGACAUCCUACCACAUCUCUCCUCAAAGGAGAGGCAGCAUGUCACACCGAAUAGAGAGCUGGCCUGAAAGCCAGGAUGACCUGAGUUAAAGACCUGCCUCUGACACAUACUGCUUAUGUGACCCUAGGCAAGUCACUUAGGUGACUUCAGUGCACUAGGUAACUCUCUAAGACUCUAAAUUGCAAAGAAGUUGCCAACCUGCAUUGGUAGAGUUCUCUUACCUGGGAUUUCCCUUUACUAAUGAAGUAACAGCUCCAGUCUCUCUCCCCUAUCUCUCUUCAAAAAAGACACAUGAACCUACACUUAGUAAUUUGUCUUCUGUUGUACAUAAAUGUCUAUGUAUAGGCUGGCUAAUGGGGACAUGAUCCAGAGAGCUCUGGCUAAUAUGAAAUCUUGGAAGAACAAAUAAAUGUGCAACACUUAAUUAAAAUAAUGCUGCUAAAGGCCAGCAAAUUUAAUCCCUUAAGGCCAAUGUAUACUAAAUCAAAUAAAUGGAAAACCUGCUUGGUUCUUCACAGAUUUUAGCAUCAGCUAGACUUUCUUGGCAGAUGUUUGUAUUAACCUCUUAGACUGUAAAAGCAAAAAUGACCACAAAGCCAUCGACAUAACUUUUAUUGACACAUUCCUAGAGGGAGCACAUUCAAAGCACUCCAAGAUUAUGCCAAAUUUCCACUUAGCCACUUCUAAUAAGGGCUGGGUAAUAGUUUGAUCCAAUAUGGAGAAAGGAAGAAGAAGGAAAGUUUAAUCCUAAUGGGGUAAGAAAGGGAAGAAUUGAUCGGAGGGUUAUAGUUCUCCUCAGAGAGAGCAACACAAGAUGAAGUCAAUUGCUUUUUGUCCCAAAUGUUUAAAAUUAGGUGUGUAGUAUAGGAACUAGAUAGUCCCAAGUGUGUAACCUGGCUAUUCUUUGGGGAAAAAGAACUGGGGAGAGGGAACACUAGACUAGAAGUCAGGAGACCUCCAUUCUGUUUCUCAUCUUGUUAGUCACAUGAACUAACUCAACCCAAUCACCAGCACCUAGGGACCUAGCUUAAUUCUACCACCUAAGGAAUCAGAUGUGAACAAAACUUUGUUUUAAUGGUCCCUAUUUCUGAAACCUAAAAGGAUCACAGAGAGCAUUGUACUUAGUAGUUUUUAGUUUUUCUUUAACAUUAUGACCUUUUAAAAAACAUUAGAUAAACAAGGUGCUUUUCAAAACUGUGAGCCCCUUGGCUCCAAACACAAUACAAGAACCCCUCUGGGUUUCCAUGAUAGAAAGAGGUGAAAUUGAAGACAAUACAAUGACUUGUGAUGAGGAAAAGUUUCAGAAUGGAGAAAGAAACGUUGAAUAGGAGUGAGAGUGAGUGAGAUAUGUAAUAGAAAUAGAAAGAGCUGUAGGACCAGAUGGGAGUCACUGUACACAGACAAUACCCAGGAUAGGACUCUAUCAACCAACAGCUUUGAGCAGGAAUGAUGAUGCUAAAAGUUUGUCAAGGUGCCAAGAAUGAACUUUGUUGAGGAAAGGGAAUAAUUGUUCACCUUUCCUGUUUAAUGCUGGUGCUCUGAAAAGGUAUGGAGACAGGAGGUGAAGAAGGCAUUCCAACAUUCCUGGUGGCAAAUAUGGGUACGCCCAGAGUCACAGUCUACUUCUUUCAGUUUCCAUACUCUGGACUCCUAAUACAACUUAAACCCACAUUGCCUGAGACAGAAACUGCAUAAAAGACAUCGUGUUGAUGAACUGGCUCACUUUACGGCCUCUUCAUUUGCUCCAAUACAGAAUAUACUGUGAGCUUGCACCUCCCUUGGCCUCACUUUAACCCAUCUAUGAAAUGAGUAAAUAACACCGUAAGGGAUUCAUUCUGCUCUGGAGACAAUGCAGUGCCUUAUUGAAAAGAAGUCGCUAUUUGGAGCAAAAAAAAAAAAAAUGAGAGAAGGAUAACAUCCUAUUACCUUUAGCUUAGUAUUUCUUCAACUUACCAUAAGGACAAAGUGAUGAUACUGUCAGCAUUGAUAUUUUUUUUAAUCUGGCAAGAUAAUCCUUGACUAAGUAUGCCAUUUCGACUUUUCUUUCUAUGUUGGUCCCCUGGUAGCUCCCCCUUGGCACCUAAGAACCCUUCUGGGUUUCCAGACUUCCUGUAGAGCAGCCUUCAGCACCACUGACAGCUCCUUUCUUAAAGCUACCUUCUAUAUUUCUCCUCCCACCUCAGACUACUCCUGUUAAUAGCUCUUCUCUGCCUGAGACACAGUCCUUAGCCUUCUCUCUUUAUACUCAUUCACUUCCUCAGGGAAUCAUCCGCUUUCAUGAUCUCAAUGGUCAAGCUGUAGGUAGAUGAUUUCCAGAACUCUGCUCUCCACCUUUUUUUUGGCCUCCCAUUCAGAAUGUCCAAUAUAGUUGGGAUGCAAUACUGCACUUUGCCAGUAGGUGCUCUCAUCUAACACAUGAUAUAUUCUAGCCUGAAAAAUCCCUUGAGUUUGAAUCUUCAGGUUAAUUGUAACAAAAAAAAAAGUUCCCCAUUUUAUCUGUUCUAUAAGUUUAAAAUUCUGUAUAUCAAGUUUACUUAGGAUGAAGGAUACUUGAAUUAUAGAAAUAGAGUUCAAUCCCAUUUUUAUGUAAUACAUUAUUAACGAAAAUGCCAGUUUUAUGAAAUGAACAUGACUGCUAAAGAACAUUUGAAUGAUGCUUGAGCCUUUUAUGUAAUUUUUUAUUACGUUUUUGUGUAUUCUGAUUCAUUAAUAAAGGAAA